AUGAGAAGAUCAUGUGAUGCUGGAGUAGGAGGAUUUAUCUUGGUGACUUUAGGACGCUGGUUCCAUUGUAGGUAUAAUUACGCAAAGCUAAGAAUCCAGGAAAGAACUGCCAGAGAAGCAAUACAAAGUGUCCACAUAAGUAGAGCCAAGGGAACUGAAUAA